AUGCGAGACACACAGUCGACACUUGAAUGCGUGGUGGUCGCCUGGUCUUGUUCAUUUUUGAAACGUUCCACUUGGCGUCGCCGGACAGGGUCUGCUAAGAGUGCUCGAUCACACAGCACCGACCGAGCCGAACUGCUGAGUCUCGGACACGUGUCGCUAGGGAGAGACUCCGGUUGGCGUUUCGGAUAUCCCGUCCGUUUUAUCCGACGUCAGGUGGCAGUUGUGGCGGUGAUGCGGCAGUGGCAUGCGGCAGUGGCAAGCGGCACGCGCUGCAACGUCGUUUCAUUCGUUCACUUGUUGCCGGUUCGUGGCGCUCAGCAUGAUUUCCGUGGCUUUGCGGCUACCUCGUUCCUGCUAGUCGGCUUUUCAUCGUCGUCUCCGUGCCCUCGAACUCGGAACUCGGAACUCGAACUCGAGAACUCGAACUCGCCUCGUCGCAGGCUUGGCUCUCGCCGACGAGCGUUUCGCGAUUUCCACAGCGUCGCUUCUUCCACUGAUCUGCUGCUCACAGCAUUGCACGGUCUGAUCUUCGCUGGCGAAUACACCAAAGCAAUGAGUAAAGAGUGGCACAGCGGCCACUUCUGCUGCUGGCAGUGCGACCAGUCGCUGACUGGCCAGCGCUACAUUUUGCGAGACGACCAUCCGUACUGCAUAAAGUGCUACGAGGAGCUGUUUGCGAACACCUGCGACGAAUGCGGCAAAGCGAUAGGCAUCGAUUCGAAGGGCGAGGCAACGGCGGUGGACGACGAGGCUUUUUUUCGUGCACACUUGAAGCUCUGUGAUAAGCCUUCAAAGCACCUUUCGAUGUCGCUGCUGGUCAUGAUGUUUUAG